AUGUCAUUGAACGCUAUCACACACGAGGAAGCAGUAAAGAACCAACUCAAAGCUGUUUCUUCAAAGCAAAGUGGAGUUCUUUAUGAUGCAACAAAAUGUCAAAUUUGCCAACAUAAAUUGGAUGGAAUAAUCGUUUGUUGUCCGUCCUGUGGAAGCUGCUACCACGUGUCAUGCUGUCAUUCUUGGUGUGGAAAAUGCAAUAUAGAGCUUUGCAAGACUUUCCCACCGGAUAUGCCUGCAAUUAAGAAGAUUCAGACAUUUGACAACAUGGAAAAGAAAUACCGAGUAAAGAUUCUCCAAAAGAAACCUUCAAAGCCUCAAGUUUCUUACGUUGUAGAACCAAAAAUUGGUAUAAAAGUGACAAGACUUGAUGUAACUCCUGAAAUUAAUAAUACAAUGACUAAUCCGAAAUAA